UAUAGAGGCCGUGAUUGUAGGCAUAACCUGUUCCUAUUACCCACCGGUGAAAUUGUCUACUUUAUCGCUGCCGUUGUUGUCUUGUAUAACGUUGAGGACCAGAUCCAAAGACAUUAUUUGGGACACACCGAUGAUAUCAAGUGCCUAACUAUCCAUCCGAACAAGUUGUUAAUAGCAACGGGACAGGUGGCCAGUCUUGACAGACGCGAACGCAGACCACACGUCCGUAUAUGGGAUUCUGUGAGUUUGAAUACAUUGCACAUAAUUGGCCAAAAUGGUGACUUUGACCGCAGCAUUGCGUGUCUGGCCUUCUCUAAACUGGACGGCGGAAACUUGUUGUGUGUUGUGGACGAGUCGGGCGAACAUUGCAUCUCAUUGUGGGACUGGCAGAAGACAGAGAAGGGACACAAAAUUACGGAAACCAAGACCUCCUGUGAUCCGGUGCUGGCCGUAGAGUUUCACCCAAUGGAUCGCUUUUGUCUCACGUCUAUAGGCAAGGGUCACAUCCACUUCUGGGACAUUGAGGGCGGCUCUCUAUCCAAACGGUUGGGCACUUUCGAGAAACAAGAAAAGCCUAAAUAUGUGCUUUGUUUGGCUUAUAAUGAUUUGGGAGAGCUAUUGACCGGAGAUUCCAAUGGAAACAUAAUGGUGUGGCAGAGAAGUGCUAACCGACCUCUCAGGACAGUAUUUAAUGCACACGACGGCGGAGUCUUCACUAUAUGUGUACUCAAAGACGGAACUGUUGUCACCGGCGGUGGAAAAGACAAACGUAUUGUUGAAUGGGAUGUCAGUCUUAACAGAACGGGAAGAGAAGCUAAGCUUCCGGACCAAUUCGGUGGAGUGCGGACUCUCACUACUGGCAAGGGAUCCAUGUUAAUGGUUGGCACCACUAAGAAUUGCAUACUUCAGGGCACACUUACCCUCAAUUUUUCAUUAGUAGUUCAGGGACACACUGAAGACUUAUGGGCAUUGGCUAUACAUCCGACACAAAACCAAUUUAUAACCGCCGGUUAUGACAGAAGUGUUCACUUAUGGGACACAUUAUCCCAUUCGGCCGUUUGGAGCAAAGAUUUGGGCGAAUCGGUGCACUCGUGUGCCUUCUCUCCCGACGGUUCGGUCGUUGUUUUCACGACAACCAGCAGUCGAUGGAUAGUAAUCGAUGCGACGACUCGUCAACUGAUUUCCAUGCAUUCCGAUGGAAACGAACAAAUAGAAUGCGUUAAGUUCUCACCCGACGGACGCUUCUUAGCUCUCGGUUCUCGCGAUAAUCAUAUUUAUGUCUAUCAAGUGAGCGAAGAGUACCGCAAAUACAACCGCAUCGGCCGCUGUUCCGGUCACUCGAGUUUCAUUACGAGUUUGGACUUUACCACUGAUGGCACUUAUCUGCAGAGCUGUUCCGGUGAUUACGAGCACCUCUUCUGGAACGCAACUAUUUGUCGGCAACUGAACAAUAUGUCGAUCGCUCGCGACCUCGAGUGGGAAUCGCAUAACUGUUCGCUCGGCUAUAAUAUGUUAGGCAUUUGGCCCGAAAACGGCGACGGAAGUGAUGUCAAUACAUGCGAUCGUUCGCAUUCUGGACGCCUUUUGGCCACUGGCGACGAUUUCGGCAAAGUUAAUAUCUAUAGCUAUCCCGCGUCUCAACCAAAAUGUUUGAAUCACUCGUAUUCAGGACACAGCAGUCACGUGACAGCCGUCCGUUUUAUGGCCGACGACUCGCGCAUUAUAUCUAUCGGCGGCAGAGACUCGACAAUAAUGCAAUGGACAGUGUCUUAAGUGUGUCCCAAAAGCAGCCACUAUUCACUUUAUAUUAUAUAAAACAUUGUUAUAUUGAUUUGUGUUAUUCUUUUGUCUUUUUUAUUUGUUUUAAUAUAUUUUCAAUCAAUUAUUUAAUUAAUUCAAUAUUAAUUCACUGCUAUUUUUAAGCCGCACUUAUAACUAGAAAAAUCAUUACUUUCCUGUCUUUCUUUCUCAUUAAUAUCAGAUAAUAU